AUGGGAGUUUGGAAAAAGAAAAGCAGCCACAAGAACAAAGUUUGCUACAUUUCAGUCCCAGCUCAGAUCAUAAACUCAGUUUCCUCAUCGUCUCUACGCACGUUUCUCGAUGAUAAAUCUUCAAAGAAGAACACAAGCAGGUUCUUCAAUCUCAGAUUCCACUUCCUCAGGAACCCAAAGCUCUUUGCUUUCUCUCUCUUUUCACUUUCUGUCAUAGGGCUUUUAUUAAGACUUGGCUUUUGUGGACACCCAUAUCACGAAAGUCAACUUCAGAGCUCGGACUCAAACGUGUCUCCUAAAUCCCAUCUGGGCACCCGAUCAAACAGUACUCAAGCCGAGAUUCCUAAUGCCAAGGAUCCAUCUUUAGCAGUGGGUGUGGAGAAAAACGAGACAUUUGGUGCUGACUCAAAGCUGAUCACCUCUGAUGGAGAUGGACGUGAUUGGGAUGACGAGAAUGAGUUCUGGAAACAGCCUGAUGGAUUAGGCUACAAGCCAUGCUUGGAGUUCACCACUGAGUACAGGAGAGAGAGUAAGAAGAUUGCCAGAGAGAGGAGAAAGUAUCUGAUGGUGGUCGUCUCCGGCGGGAUGAAUCAGCAGAAGAAUCAGAUUGUGGACGCAACUGUGAUUGCGAGGAUUCUAGGUGCUGUUCUUGUCGUCCCAAUAUUGCAAGUCAAUCUCAUUUGGGGUGACGAGAGUGAAUUCUCAGAUAUAUUUGAUUUAGAGCGAUUCAAGAGUGUUUUAGCAAAUGAUGUGAAGAUAGUUUCGAUGCUGCCUGCAAGUAAACUAAUGACUAGACCAUCAGAAGAUGGUGGUAUGCCCUUCAAUGCAUCCCCACAAUGGAUCCGUUCGCACUAUCUAAAGCGAUUCAAUAAGGAAGGAGUUCUGCUUUUGAGGAGACUGGAUUCACGAUUGUCUAAAGACUUACCCUCUGAUCUCCAGAAGCUCCGUUGUAAAGUAGCAUUUGAAGCGCUGAAGUUCUCGCCAAGGGUUAUGGAGAUUGGGAAAAAGCUUGCAGAGAGGAUGAGGAGCAAAGGGCCAUACAUUGCGCUUCAUCUUCGAAUGGAGAAAGAUGUGUGGGUGAGAACAGGCUGCCUUUCCGGUUUGAGCUCAAAGUAUGAUGAGAUUGCAAAAACAGAAAGGAUUAAGAGGCCUGAGCUCUUAACAGCCAAAUCUAGCAUGACAUCUAACGAGAGGAAACUCGCCGGUCUCUGUCCAUUAAAUGCCAAGGAAGUCACAAGGCUGCUUAGAGCACUUGGAGCACCGAGAGAUGCCAGGAUCUAUUGGGCUGGAGGGGAGCCUCUCGGCGGCAAAGAAGCUUUGAAACCGUUGACAAGUGAAUUCCCACAUCUUUACAACAAGCACGAUAUUGCGUUGCCACUUGAACUCAAACCUUUCGCAAAACGAGCUUCGAUAAUGGCAGCCAUCGACUAUAUAGUGUGUAAAGAGAGUGAUGUGUUUAUGGCAUCACAUGGAGGGAAUAUGGGCCAUGCGAUUCAGGGUCACAGGGCUUAUGAAGGACACAAGAAGCUUAUAACACCGAACAAAAGGCACAUGCUCCCAUACUUUUUGAACACAUCAAUGACAGAAACAGAGUUUGAUAAGAUGAUAAGGAAAUUACACAGGCAAUCUCUCGGACAGCCAGAAUUAAGGAUUAGUAAAGCCGGAAGAGAUGUUACAAAGUAUCCUGUUCCUGAGUGUAUGUGCAAUAAUCAAUCUACUUCCACUAUUUAA